ACGGAACACACAGCUCGUGCAGGCAGAUUCCAGAUAUACGCGCGCGCGAAAGACACACGGUGACCAGGGGGUCGACUGCGCGUACAACGCCUUGGCGUCGUUGCCACGCCCACGGCCGGGCCACCGGCACGGUGUCGCCGCGCGCUUUUCCGUCUUCUAUUCCACGCAGUAGGCGGAAAGACUCUGCCCGCAGCCUCACCCUGCACUGCAGCCAGCGACGGCGCGAGUCCUUGCGUGCGUCUCCCGCCCUCCCACCCUCUCGCCUUGCUUUCCUCAGCGCCUUCGAUCUCUCUCUCCCCUCGCCACUGGUAGCCAUAUUUGGUGGCAGCGAGCACCGCGCAGCGCGUCGGCAUGGGGAUCAGGAGGCGGCAGGACGCUGCAGCCAUCUUGGGGCUCCUGAAGCUCUUCCUCUUCCGCUUGGCGGCGUCGCAGUCGUUCAUCGGGGUCAACUACGGGACGAUCGCGGACAACCUGCCGCCGCCGGCGUCGACGGCCAGCCUCCUCAUGUCGACGUCCAUCGCCAAGCUCCGCCUGUACGAGCCACAGCCGGACCUGGUCGCGGCGCUCGCGGGCUCCAACAUCUCCAUCCUGCUGGGCAUACCCAACGGCGCCGUCCCGAACCUCGCGUCCUCCCCGGCCGCCGCCGCGUCCUGGGCCGCCGCCAACAUCCCCACCACGCUUCCCGUCUCCUCCAUCUCCGUCGGAAACGAGCUGCUCAACUCCGGCGACCCCACGCUCGCGCCCCAGCUCCUCCCCGCCAUGCAGAACCUGCUCGCCGCGCUCCCGGCUGGCUCGACCACCAAGAUCUCCACCGUGCACUCCAUGGCCGUGCUGUCGGCGUCGGACCCGCCGUCCUCCGGCGCGUUCCACCCGGACCUCGCCGGCAGCCUGGACCCGGUGCUGGACUUCCUGCACCAGAACGGCGCGCCGUUCAUGAUCAACCCGUACCCCUACUUCGCGUACGCCUCCGACACGCGGCCGGAGACGCUGGCCUUCUGCCUGUUCCAGCCCAACGCGGGCCGCGUCGACGCCGUGUCAGGGCUCACCUACACCAACAUGUUCGACGCGCAGCUGGACGCUAUCCGCGCAGCGCUGGACGCCAAGGGGUACAGCGACGUGGAGAUCGUCAUCGCCGAGACCGGGUGGCCGUACAAGGGUGACGCCGACGAGGCCGGCGCCACGGUGGACAACGCCAAGGCCUACAACAGCAACCUCGUGGCGCACCUCAAGUCCCAGGUCGGCACGCCGCGGACGCCAGGCAAGUCGGUGGACACGUACAUCUUCGCGCUCUACGACGAGGACCUCAAGGGGGGCCCGGAGUCCGAGCGCUCCUUCGGGCUGUACAAGACUGACCUGACGGCGAACUACGACGUCGGGCUCGCAAAAGACAAUGGCACGGCGGCCCCGACCAGCUUGACUCCGGUUCCGGCACAGGGCACGCCGCAGCCGAGCAAAGGGACGAUGCCGACGGGGUACUGCGAGACCACGUCCGCCGUGCCCGGCACCACGCAAGGCCAACAGUUGCCGCAGAGCAGCUCGUGCUACAUUCCCGGCGGAGCUGAGUCGCGGCACGCCACAUGGCAGCUUGUUUUAUUGGGUGUUUUGAUGUGCUUGGUCAAGGUAGCCGGCAUCUAGUUACAACAUCUGUGUGCGACGGAACGAGUACAGGGUUCGCUCUCCACAGUUGUGCGUAUGGAUUCACCACUGUAAUAGAAUUCACGAAAGCUGCUAGGCACGAUCGAAUGUUGAGCCACACGGUUGCACUGCUUUGGCCUCCACAGCUCCACUUGCAACUCCUUUUAUGAAUGAUAGCACAAAUAAAAUUUCCGAAGCCAAAA